CCAGUACAACAGAGGGAAUAUGAGAGUAUAUUUACAUCAUUGAACGUCUGUGGUAAAAUAAUCGAAGAAGAAAAGGCCCCUCAGCCGAGGAAAAUGGCCGACGUAGAGAUGGACAUCGCGUCCAGCAGAAUGAAUAAUGGGAACGAACACGUGAAGCAGGAUCUGGAAAGCCAUGAAAGAAGUGGAAAUGAGGACAGCGGAGACAUGUCUGAGGAAGAAGAGGAGGAAGAGGAGGAGGCAGUGACUAAUGGUGGUGAGAAGACAGAACAGGGGUCCAAACAUCACAGCAGCAGCGGUAAACACAAGAGGAAAAAACACAAGCAUCGUAGUAAGCACAAAAAACACAAGCAUGCCUCUGAUGAGGACAAGGACCGCAAACGCAAGCAUCGUCACAAACACAGGAAACACAAACGCAAAGAGGGCUCCUCUCCCUCUGGUGCUGUCCUCUUUGGCUCCUCUAGCCACAGAAAAGUUGAGACCUCCCCUUCCUCUGGAAAUCCAAGUCUUGACGACAGGGCCCUGUUGGAGGAUUUAGAGAAACAGAGGGCCAUGAUCAAAGCUGAGCUGGAUAGCCAGUUGAUGGAGGGCAAGGUUCAGUCAGGCAUGGGCUUAAUUCUUCAGGGUUAUAACUCUGGAUCCGAAGAGGAUGGAGAUGCUAGGAUCAGAAAUGGAGAACAGCGUCAAAGGGGCAGCUCAGGUAAACCCAUAUCUCCCAGAGGGGGAAAGAGUGGGAAAUCUAGACGGGACUCAACAGAGGGCAGUAAGUCCAGCGUCAGGCGUCGUAGUCGGAGUAAGUCUGCGGACAGGCUAGUACAGGCCAAGGAGUCUAAGCAGGACAAGGUGACCAAAACCACCAAGGACACAGGUGUUAAAGACAGAGGCCGCGGCAGAAGCAGGUCAAAAGACCGAAAGCGUUCGGACAGCACUGACAGGUCCAAGGAGAGAACCAGGAAGUCCAACUCCCCCUCCAGCUGGAGAGGAGAGCAGAAAGGCAGCCGCACUGAUAAACGUACCUCUCCACCGCGGGAUGACAGACCAAAUCAGGAGAGAACGAGCAGACGCUCCAGAUCACCUGGACGAGAACGGCCAAGUCGCUCAGAUGCUGACAGGGAAAAGCGACCAGCCAAGUCCCCAUCCAAGGACGCGUCAUCUGGGAAAGAGAAUCGCUCCCCUCAUAGACGAGGGCCUCAAAGCCCCAUGAGGAAACGCAGUGCUUCCCCUCGCCACAGAGAUGCCCAUCACCCCUCGGCUAGUGCCUCAGACAGGACAUCGAAACCGAGCCACUCACCAUCCAGAACAAGGUCCCCCCCCAGGAGAGGCCGCUCGCCAGACGUCAGGAGGAGGGAUGCUGACAGGCAGGACUCACCACUGAGGAAGCGUCCCCGGGCAGAUGCAGGGCCAGGCAGAGAUAGAUCAAGAGAGAACAGUCCCAGAUCGUCCUAUCGAGGCAGGAUGAGUCGCUCACCUCUAAGACGCAGGUCCCCAUCUCCACGACGACGCUCCCGCUCUUCCCCCCGCAGACGGUCUCCACUGGGACACAGGUCUGGGGAGAGAGACAGGUAUGGCAGGCCCAGGCAGUACCGACGCUCAGUGUCCCGCGAUCGGGAGAGGAGAAGAAGACGCAGCAGAGAUGAGGACAAGUUCAAGGGCAGCCUUUCAGAGGGCAUGAAAGUUGACCAGGAAUCCUCAGAGGAAGAAGUGUUAGAGGACUUUGAUGGAGAGGAGGUAGAUGAAGAGGCUCUCAUUGAACAGCGCCGCCAGCAGCGCAUGGCCAUUGUCCAGAAAUACAAGGUUGGGAAUGAGGACACCAACAUGGUGUCAGAGCCCAGCAGCCCUCAGAGCAGCACACGCAGCCGUUCACCCUCACCUGAUGAUAUCUUAGAGCGAGUAGCCGCAGAUGUCAAGGAGUAUGAACGCGAGAACCUCAACACCUUUGAGGCCAGCAUCAAAGCCAAGCACAACCUCAUCGCCCAGGAGAAAGACGGAGCCAACCCAAAGAAGCCGUCAGCCCCCGACAUGUUUACAGAGUCAGAUGACAUGUUUGCUGCUGACUUUGAUAGUGCCAGGAUGAGAGCAGCAGGUGUAGGGAAGGACUUCAAAGAGAACCCCAACCUCAGGGACAACUGGACUGAUGCUGAGGGUUACUACCGAGUGAAUAUUGGGGAGACGCUGGACAAGCGCUAUGAUGUGUAUGGCUACACUGGCCAGGGUGUAUUCAGCAAUGUGAUCAGAGCCAGGGACACUGCCAGGGCCGGCCAGGAGGUGGCAGUCAAGAUCAUCCGAAACAAUGAGCUCAUGCAAAAGACCGGUUUGAAAGAGUUAGAAUUCCUCAAGAAGCUGAAUGACGCAGAUCCUGAUGACAAGUUCCACUGCCUUCGCCUCUUCAGGCACUUUUACCACAAGCAGCAUCUAUGUCUGGUAUUUGAGCCACUCAGUAUGAAUUUGCGAGAGGUGUUGAAGAAAUACGGUAAAGAUGUUGGGCUCCACAUCAAGGCUGUGCGUUCCUACAGUCAGCAGCUCUUCUUGGCCCUCAAGCUGCUCAAACGAUGCAACAUCCUCCAUGCUGACAUUAAGCCAGACAAUAUCCUGGUGAAUGAGUCAAAGACCAUUUUGAAGCUUUGUGACUUUGGUUCUGCAUCCCAUGUUGCUGACAACGACAUCACACCAUAUCUGGUCAGCAGAUUCUACAGAGCUCCAGAAAUCAUCAUAGGAAAGCCUUAUGACUAUGGGAUUGACAUGUGGUCUGUUGGCUGCACUUUAUAUGAGCUUUACACUGGCAAAAUCCUGUUUCCUGGAUCUUCUAACAAUCACAUGAUCAAACUAGCGAUGGACCUCAAGGGCAAGAUGCCCAACAAGAUGAUCCGUAAAGGCUUGUUCAAAGACCAGCACUUCGAUCAGAAUUUGAACUUCCUGUACAUUGAAGUAGAUAAAGUGACAGAAAGGGAGAAGGUGACGGUGAUGAGCACCAUCAACCCCACCAAAGACCUGCUGACAGACAUGAUAGGAGGCCAGCGACUGCCUGAGGACCAGAGGAAGAAGGUGAUGCAGCUGAAGGACCUGCUGGAUAGCACCCUGAUGCUGGACCCAGCCAAACGCAUCAGUAUCAACCAGGCUCUGCAGCACCCCUUUAUCCAGGAGAAGAUCUGACACCCUGAAUGCCACACACUCCCAGAGCAGACAGAGAACCAACCACUAAACCAGCUCUGACAGGAACUCUGCAGUGAAGCAGCCAACCCACAGACUUCUAUUCAGAAUGUCAUGGAUUUUUGUUCUUCCUCAACUUUAUUUUGUUUAUGGAUACAUAAUUGUGUUUUAUUGUAAAUAGAUCAUUAAAUGGUAGCCAUUCUUGAAGACAAGGAUUUUGCGAUUUAUCAUUGUAAACUUCCCCUCAUACCCAGCAAUGCAGUUAUGGACUUUUUUUUUAUUUAACUGGCAUUGGAGUGACAGAUAUUUUAAAGAAAAAUAUAAAUCCUGUAAAUACUGUAUGUCUAUUGCAUUAACAAUCUCAAGCAGCAGACAGUUGAGUUUUGUUGUAGUUGCAGAUAUCUAAACACAUUUCUUUUUUUUAAAACCACAAUUCUCAUUGUGGGCCGAUGCAUGCUUUUGAAUGUGCACCCUUUGUGCUCUAGAUUUCUGUGGUGCAGGCCUGUGUAAAUGCUCUGUAUGUGCAUCAGUGUCCCACAUGUGACAGCAACCCCUAACCAAGUCUUCAGGCCUUGAGGUCUGAAUCGAAGGAAUAGAUGCAUAUUAUGUACUCCAAUAAUUUUUUUUUUUAAAUUUUCAAAGCAAGUAGUCAUUGUUUUCUGUUGCUGGACAUUUCCAUGUUGUUGUUUGUUUUUAACCUUCCUCCUCCAGCACUCUGGCUAGGUCCUGGCUCUUAAGGCUCUCACAUUCAAGUGCCUCCUGUAUGAGCCUAGUGUGUUUAAAACACCAAACAAUGCUGGCCUAUUGAAGCCACACCUGUGACCCUCCUCUCCCAUUGUUGUAUAUAGUCCACAGUUACUGUCAUUUCAUUUGUGAUUUAUUAGUUUUUUUCCCUGUUAAGUGGUAAAAUACAAUAUUGUGAUUUCAAUAAAGAAUAGUUGUGGAAACGCUGCUGAAAGAGCACCUUCAGUAUAAGACAACCUUUUAGUAAUAAAAUGUUUCCUAUUGUA